AUGGCGGAGGGGCGCCGCGUUCCUCCCGCGGAAGCAGAGGGUCCCGGGGAGCAGGAGCGGCUCGGCGCCGAGCGGAGCCCGGCGGCCGGAGCGGGAGCGCGGCAGCCGGGAGGUCGUAGAGCCACUAUCGCCAGCGCGCUGGAGCUGGAGGGCAGCGUGCGCCGCGAGGGUCUCCUCACCCACUUCGUAGCCAGCAACCUGCAGCGGAAGAUCCAGCUCAGCGCGCCCGCCACCAGCCCCAUCCCCCCCGUAGACCCCGCGGCGCUGCGGGAGCUGGUGGCGCUGGCCGGGCAGGUGGCCGCGCAGGUGGAUGAGCUGCUGCGAAGCGUGCACUGCGGCCUGCAGGCCCUGACCGCCCUGAGCGUGGGCUGCAUCCAGACCUACCGCGACGGCGUGGAGAGCCUGGGCGAGGCCGUGGACACCAGCAUCCGAGCCAUGUACACGCUGGUGGCGCGGUGCGAGGAGCUGGACCUGGCUAUGCAGCCCGUGCCGGCCUUGGCCAGGCGCAUCCGUGACAUGAAGGGCACGCUGGAGCGGCUAGAGGGGCUCUGUAAAUAGCGCCCUGGGGCGGCCGUAACCCCUCCGCCCAUGGCCAAGUUCCUCAAACACCAUGUGCCUAAUCCAACGAGCCAUCUCCAGCAGGCGCUGCUCCCUCCCACACACCGCGCCUCGGCAUGCGGCAGCUCAGGAACUGAUCACAGGCCCAGGAUUGAUACUCGGGGAAAGUUUGCCUCCCCUCGAAAUCACUUUAUACUCCUCUACCUUGAUUUCCGAGGCGGGUGGCUUCUUCCACUGCUAUUUCUGUUGAAUGUUUUCUUCUGAAAUACCAAUGAAUAGUUCCACUAAACUUUAAAUAAAGAUCUUUGCUAUUUUUUCUCUUCCUGUGGUUUCCACUCUCAGUAAAGACAGAUAUUUUGAGUCCUGAUCUCCUGACAACUCUUUCCAUAGGUGCUACAGACAUGUUGCCUUCAUUUUAUUUUCAUGCCAUUUGAUACCAUCUUGUGCAUGGACACAGUUGCAGAAUGGGACUCAGAGUCUCUAAGACUUCUUGUGGUUGAAGGAAUCAUGGUAGUCGGGAUAUACUAAUUCUUUGUGUUUGCAGAACUGUUCAGAAGCAUAACAAAGUUUAAAAAUCAGUUAUGUAAAUAAUUUACCUUUUAAAAUAAACUAGGUGGCAUUCCUGUUUUAAAUUA